UAAAAAAAGGGAGGCCGAGGUGAAACAGCCAGCCAACAACUCCACCUGUAUUUCGAUACAGUCUAGGCAAAAUCAGUCCCCUUGCAUUGUCUGUUUCUCCAAUCACAACGUAUUUGCCCUCAGAAAACAUCGCCUCCCUCUUUAUAUUCCACUGCUUACAAAUUUAACUCCAUUCAUUCAUUAUCUUUCUCUCCGAUUUGGUUUCUGGGUUUUCAUUUCGAAAGCAGCCAAUAACUGAAACAGAAGAUGGCUCAUGUAGUUGCUACCAAGCUGCUUCACAAUUCAUUUGUUGCUGGAAACAAUCUUAAUAACAAUACUAAUGAUCAGACUGAAAACAUCAACAAGCCCUGUUCCAUUGGCCGGAUCAGCCACCACCGCCGUGUUCUCACCAUCACCGCUAAGCGAGCCGCCAAUCUUGAAGUUCUUCCUGUCACUCCUGAAGAUAUCCCUAAGAUAGGAGAACAAAGUUAUGAAUCGCAGGAUGUUUCACGCAAAGGAGAUAAUAGCUCAGCAGGGAUAUGGUCCAAGCCCGUUGUUAAGCGAAAGACGAAAAUUGUUUGUACAAUCGGUCCAUCAACCGACACCAAGGAAAUGAUAUGGAAGUUAGCUGAGACCGGUAUGAAUGUUGCAAGAUUAAACAUGUCUCAUGGAGAUCAUGCUUCUCAUCAGAAAGUUAUUGAUCUUGUUAAAGAAUAUAAUGCUCAGUCCAAGGAUAACGUCAUCGCAAUCAUGCUUGACACUAAGGGGCCUGAGGUUAGGAGUGGGGACUUGCCUCAACCGGUUAACUUAGAAAGUGGCCAAGAAUUCACUUUUACGAUUAAAAGAGGGGUUGGUACCGCGGACUGUGUUAGUGUUAACUAUGAUGAUUUUGUCAAUGAUGUAGAGGCCGGUGACAUGCUUCUGGUUGACGGUGGUAUGAUGUCGCUAAUGGUGAAGUCCAAGACUGAAGAUUCAGUAAAAUGUGAAGUUGUGGAUGGUGGUGAGCUCAAGUCUAGACGCCAUCUAAAUGUUCGAGGAAAAAGUGCAACUCUACCAUCUAUUACUGAAAAGGACUGGGAUGAUAUCAAAUUUGGCGUGGACAAUCAAGUUGAUUUUUAUGCGGUUUCUUUUGUUAAAGAUGCAGAAGUCAUCCAUGAGCUGAAAAACUAUCUAAAAAGUUGUGGUGCAGAUAUUCAAGUUAUCCCAAAAAUUGAAAGUGCAGACUCCAUACCAAAUUUGCAUUCAAUUAUCACUGCUUCUGACGGGGCAAUGGUUGCAAGAGGGGACCUUGGUGCCGAGUUGCCAGUUGAAGAGGUUCCAUUGUUGCAGGAAGAGAUAAUCAGACUGUGCCGUAGCAUGGGAAAAGCUGUUAUUGUAGCAACAAAUAUGCUUGAAAGCAUGAUUGUUCAUCCUACACCUACCCGGGCAGAGGUAUCUGACAUUGCUAUUGCUGUUCGAGAGGGUGCUGAUGCAGUAAUGCUUUCUGGAGAAACUGCUCAUGGAAAGUUUCCGCUAAAAGCUGUCAACGUAAUGCACACAGUUUCGUUAAGAACUGAAUCAAGCAUAAUGGGUGGUGGCACAACAUCUAGCCUUAGUCAAGCCUAUAAGAACCAUAUGAGCGAAAUGUUUGCAUACCAUGCCACAUCAAUGUCCAACACUCUUGGAACUUCAAUUGUGGUAUUUACGAGAACCAGUACAAUGGCCGUCCUACUGAGCCAUUAUCGACCCAAUGGAACUAUAUUUGCCUUCACUGAUGAGAAAAGAGUACAACAGAAAUUGGCUUUAUAUCAAGGAGUUUGUCCCAUUUAUAUGGAGUUCUCAGAUGAUUCUGAAGAAACCUUUGCGAAAGCUCUUGCUGUGUUGAAGAGUCACGGGAUGAUGAAGGAAGGCGAGCACGUAGCUCUUCUUCAGAGUGGUAGACAGCCCAUUUGGCGGUCCCAGUCCAACCAUAACAUUCAGGUCAGAAAGGUGUAGAUGCAAUAAACAAGAUGAAAGAUUCAUGCUUGCAAGCUGCAAGCAAGGUUGAUUUUUUGAUCAUCCAUUUAGAAAGAUGCAUAUGUAUCUUUCUGCACAUCUUCGUUUUCUACUAUUGUUUUUGUUCUUCUUUAUUAACUUUUCCUGUCUGCCAUAGAUCCUGUCAAAUUCAAAUUAAGUUGAGAUUCAGUUCCUUGAAUAUGUAGAGACUAUGUAUCAGAUAGCAAAUUCUGAAAGUCCAUAAA